AAUUUGUGCUCUAGGGAAGAAAUCAUAGUGUUAUCUGGCAAAGCUUUGAUUUCCCCACUAACACCAUAUUAGGAAGUCAGAAUUUAUCUGCUGGACAUGGAUUGAUCUCUGUUUUAUCUGAAUCAAACCAUUCAAGUGGACAUUUCGUUCUUAGGAUGCAGGCUGAUGAUGGGAAUCUUGUUGCUUAUCCUUUGAACAGUGAAAGGAACGAUGAUGCUUUUUGGGCCUCAAAUACGCAGGACGCAACUAUCUCACAACUUAGUCUUAAUCUUACAGGCUUUCUCUGCGUGGGCAGUGAUAUGAAUACCAUUAAGGUUAUUGCCCCUAGCAGACAAAUUGGAUAGAACACACGCUUUAUCUACUGUGCAACACUGGAUGUAGAUGGCAAAGCUGUAUGUAAGUGUUAUCCUGGAUUCAGGCCAGUCAAUAAUGGGAUCAUCAACAACAUGUUCUUGGUUUGUGAACAGAUCAUAAAAAAUGACUGUAUCACCAGUGAAGAUCCAAGGAUGCUAUACAAUGUUAGCAAUCCAUUGCAACAUAUGCAGUGAAGCCUUGUUCCUUAUUUGGUUAUUUCAUUGGAAAUGGAAGCUUGUGGGAAUUCUUGCCAGGAAGAUUGUGAUUGUGGGGCAGUGUUACAUGAAGAUGGAAUCUGCAUGAAGUAUAGGCUUCCGCUUAGAUUUGGCAGAAUCAAUCCAAAUUCAACAGCCACAGCCCUCUUCAAGUUGCCUUCAGGAAUUAUCAUAACUACUACUCCAAAUCCAAAAGAGGCCUUUCGUUCUUGUUGAUCACAAGAAAAUCUUAUUUUAACUCUGAUCUUCACUUUAGGCUCAAUUUCAUUUGCUUUCCUAGUCUUUGCAAUGUCUAUUUUCUUCAUCUACAAGUGUCAAGUCCAUUCAUGCAGAAAGCUAUUUGCAAGUGCAAAUCUAGGAUUUACCAAGGAUUGCAGUCUAUGAAUUUUUUCCUUUGAUGAAUUGGUGAAUUCAACAGGAAAUUUCACAGAAGAAGUUGGUAGAGGAUCUUUUGGAGUGGUUUACAAAGGAAUGAUUCAAGGAAGCAACAGAAGGAUUGCUGUGAAGACGCUAGACAUUGUUGUUGAUGGAGAGAAAGAAUUUCAAACUAAAAUCACUACAAUUGGUCAAACUCAUCACAGAAAUCUAGUUCAGCACAUUGGUUAUUGCAUUGAUGGUUCAAGAGAGCUUCUUGUCUAUGAAUAUAUGAGCAACGGAUCUUUAGCAGAUUUUUUGUUCAAGUGUAAUAUACGUCUAUCUUGGAAACAAAGAGUCAAGAUUGCAUUGGAUGUAGCAAAAGGAGUCUUAUAUCUUCAUGAUGAAUGUGAAGUUUGUAUUGUCCAUUGCAACAUCAAGCCCCAAAACAUACUCAUGGACGAAGUAUGGACAGCAAAAAUAUCUGAUUUUGGAUUUGCAAGGCUAUCAAUGCCAGAACAUUCAAGAGCCACAACAAUAGAUGAAUCAACAAGUGGCUACAUGGCACCUGGACGGCAUAAAGAUGCAUUGGCAUCAAUUAAAAUAGACAUCUAUAGUUAUGGUGUGGUGCUGUUGGAGAUUAUAUGUUGCAGAAGGAAUAUAGAUAUCAAUGUUUUAUCAGAAGAGGAACUAAUUCUUUUAAGUUGGGUGUAUAAUUGCUUUGUGAAAGGGGAAUUGAGCAAACUAGUAGUGGAUGAUGAAGAUGUGGAGUGGAAGACGAUGGAGAGAAUGGUGAUUGUAGACUUAUGGUGUGUCCAGGAAGACUUGUCUUUACGUCCUUCAAUGAGGAAAGUGAUACUGAUGCUUGAAGGUUUAAAGGAAAUUCCAAUUCCUCCAUCUCCAACCCCUUGUUUGAUCUUUUAUGAAUUAAUUAAUUUAAUUUUGUAUUCAUCUUUAAGUUUGAAUUUUCAUGUGUGAUGUGAAGUGUGUUUGAUAUCAUAAAAGCUUGAUUAAUGAUAGAGCACAAGCCAUAAUGACAUCAUGC